GCAAAAGCAACAACUAUUAAAGAGGCCCUGGUGAAAUGGGAGGAAAAAACUGGUGAAAAAGCAAAUGAUGCCACGGCAGUAAAGCUUUAUGGUCAAAUCCCUCCCAUUGAAAAAAUGGAUGCAUCUCUCUCUAAUCUUGUCAACUGCGAGAGAUUGUCCUUGUCUACAAACUGCAUUGAAAAAAUUGCCAACUUAAAUGGUCUAAAAAACCUUAAGAUAUUGUCCUUGGGGCGGAAUAACAUCAAAAACCUCAAUGGACUCGAGGCAGUGGGUGAUACUCUGGAGGAGCUGUGGAUCUCUUAUAACCUCAUAGAAAAACUGAAGGGAAUUCAUGUCAUGAAGAAACUUAAAGUCUUAUACAUGUCCAACAACUUGGUGAAGGAGUGGGGGGAGUUUCUGAAACUGGCAGAUCUUCCAUCACUGGUUGACCUUGUCUUUGUGGGAAACCCAUUAGAAGAAAAAUAUUCUGCAGAUGGCAACUGGAUAGAGGAGGCUACAAAGAGACUUCCCAAACUCAAAAAGCUAGAUGGGAAUCCUGUCAUCAAACAAGAGGAGGAAACUGAAGGGGAGAGUUAAAUCAAUUUAUUUAGAAUAUUCUAAAGUUGGUGCAUUUUUAUUCUUCAAACACCAGCAUUUUAACUAUUUAAAAUAUGUGCAAUAUUUGCAUUUUCUAUGUGUAUUUAUAUGGAAUUAAGCUAAAGAUCAAUUUUUUUGAGAUUCAACACUGUUUGAGUAUAUUUGAAAAGCACACUUGAGGCCAUUUUGUUAGCUUUAGCACAAGUAGAGACAUAUACAAUCAUUUAAUUCAUGCAGCAGUACUGAUUGAAUAGUACUAAUUUCUUACACUGUAAAAACUGUCAUUGUCAUUUAAACCAAUAUUUGUACUCCAUAUUACCAUUUAAAAGAACUUGAUUCAACCUUUUGACUUGAAUAAUCACAAAAUCUAAAUGUUGCCAUAUGAAGUAAACAUUAGAAGGUAAAGACAAAGCAUUCUUACUUUGUACAUUCUUCAGGGUGACCAAUAACAUGUUAAAUUGCACACAGGAAAAAUAAAAAAGAUUUAUGCAUUAAGUGUAAGUCACACUGUAGGCUUGAACUGUUUCUUUUUAGUGGUGUUAUGUUUUAGUAUUUCUCUUGUUGGAGUCUGCUUACAACAAAACUACAUUAAUGACUUCAAAAAAGGACUGUUUUAAUUAUAUGCAUUUGCUUUUUUGUAUUUCCCGCUAAAAUAUUUGAACAUAAGCAAAAAAAUGUAAUGUAUAUGCAGGUUAUUCAAUUUCCAUACAGUUUAAUAAUGUGUUUUAUCACACUAAUGUACUUUGUAUGUGGACGUUGCACAACGAAAACAAUUUAACACUUUGUAGCACGAGUAACUUGAGUUUACUAUAGCCAAAGGCACCAUAGUAAUACUGUAAUUAAAAGAUUUUGGAAUCUUUUCCUGUAAACAAAUUUAUAAGCAUGAUUACAUUUUGUAUGCUAAGCAUGUUUUAAUGUUUGUUCAACCUGUCUACUACAUUAAAACUUUGUUCUUGUUGUUUACUGUGUUUCACAUAAGAAAAUAAACUAUUUUGUCCUCUA